UACUGCCCACACCGACCUGCUAGCUACAGCGAGACGACGGAUCCCCGCUUCAAGUGUGAACGAUAGAAUGAGUAACUAUUUUGUAUUUAUGAAGACUACUGAAGGACUUGCCUCCAUAUGUAUUUUAAAUGGCUACCGGUCACAGUAACUCGCUUUUGUGUGUUAGUCUGACCUGUAGCCAGCGCUAGCUCGAACGACAGAACCCUUGCUACGCUUGGUUGGCUCCCUUGUUGACACGCCUGCUGCAGGUUAGGCAGGUGUUUACAUGCUAUAUAUAUUUAUUUCAAUCCACAACGUCUGUCUAUUGUGGUAGUCUUGUUGGCAUUAAUAUAGAAUGGAUGCGGAAUGUAAAUGCAUCGACUAUCGGGCGAGCUAACUCCAUCUCUGUGGCUAAAGCUGGUGGCUCUGCCAUCAGUGUUGAUAACUGACCUGCGUGCUGCAUUUCUACAGAUGUUAAUGCAUGGUAAGGACACCACACAACUCUAUACAUGUUAAUGCAUGUUUACGGUGCCACAUACCUCAAUAGAUGUUAAUGUGUGGUGAAGACUCCACAUAGCCGUAUAGGUGUUAAUGCAUGGUGUAGACGCAACUCCACAGAUGUGAAUGCAUGGCCAAGACAUCACAUCUGGGGCACUUUGGCGAUGCAUGCGACACAGUAUAUCAUAUUUGAGGUGUGACAGUUGCUAGCUUCUGGUUUCGACGUCUCAUGGCUAUUCGUAAACGACAGGAUUGGUCUACGUUUUGGCAUCGUUCUCGUUGACUGCCACCAUCGAAACCAUUUCCCUUGGAGACCCUCAACUUAAAAACUAGCACCUUUUUUAUUUCUUAUUAAUUAAAAAUCGAAACAAAGAACAAUGGAGUCCGUGAGGACCGCCUUCCAUGCUCAACUGGCCACCGUCAUGGACUCGUUGUUGGCAGCUGCUGUGUGCGAGAUUGCCAAGAUCUUUGAGAGCAGCCUGUGUGAGCAGCAGGCAGAACUGGCACACAAAGGCGAGGAGAUCUCUCUGCUCCGGGGAAAGCUUGAACACGUAGAAAGAAGGCUGAAAGUAAAGGGUGGAGGUUCGGAUGAGGAGGGAGAGACGUCGGCGGGAGAAGGAGAUGGCUACCUGAGGCAGCAGGGUGUGGCAGGUGCAGGACUGUCUUCUGCCAAGGACGUGUCCUCAGACCCAGCCGACGGGCUCGCUCAGAGUCUGCGCCGGCUCAAGGAAGAGGCCACAGGCCAAGACACGGCUUCUGUUAAGCACGAGCAUGCGGGAUCCAGGGCCACCCCAGGGUCUGUGGCCCCCUCGGAGGGGAGCCUCGCUGCUGGGGACCAGAGACACGCGGACCCCCUGUCUGCCAUGCAGGCCAAGGCCAAAUUAUCUCACUGGGACCAGGGUGCCCGUAGCACCGACCACCGGCCCCUCCAGGACCAGACCUCCCCCCCGUUCCUCUCCAUCUCCCAGAGCGGCCGCUGUUCGCCCCGGUCGGACCCCGGCCUCGCCCAGCCCGGGGAGUGGCUGGACGGGGGCCGCGGGGGCGUGUCCGCCAUGGAGACCCUCCAGGCGGAGGGCACGGGGGGCUGCUCCGGCCCGGCCGGCGCCAGCGGCGGGACGGACGCCCCUUGCUUCCGGCCGGGCUUCGGCUCCGACGAGACGAGCAACGAGGAAGAGGAUCCCUCCUUCCCCUUCCUGGACCAGGAGCCCGAGAACCAGAACUCGAACCAGAACCAGCCCCAAGGGCCGGCGGCGGGGCAGCGGGAGAACCGCCAGGACCCGCCCCCGGGAGCCGCCCCCUGGAGGGCCCGGGACGACCGGGGCGCCAGGGGCCCUGUGGCCCCCGUCCGGCGCCCGGCCUCCUUCGCCAGUAGGGACCCCCUCCGACCCCAGUCGAUCGCACAGUCGCACGCACUCCGGCUGCCGCUUGCCCUGGGCCACGCCCCGGCCCCCGGCGGCGGGAACGGGCGGCCCUACACCUGCCCCUACUGCACCAAGUGCUUCACCUACCCGUCGCACCAGCGCCGCCACCUGCUGCGCCACACGGGCGUCCGGCUCCACCCCUGCCAGUUCUGCGACAAGAGCUUCCUGACGCCGUCGGAGCUCACCGUGCACACGCGCACGCACACGGGCGAGCGGCCGUUCGGCUGCGCCCAGUGCGGGAAGCGCUUCGCCCGCAGCGGGAACCUGAGGGCCCACCAGCGGGACGUGCACAUGGGCAAGAGGCCCUUCGCCUGCACCGAGUGCGGCAAGCGCUUCGCCCACCGCGGGAACCUGAGGGUGCACAACCACAGAGUCCACCAGGGGGAGCCCUACUACAUGGACGACCAGCCAGAACCUGAAAUGAGCGCCAAUCCCAUUUGAGAGAUUAAUGUUGUUUUUUGGGGGGUUACUUUGUGAAUUUAUCGGCUUAAACACUUGUGGAUGUGGAUAUUCAAAAUGGGUUUAUUACUUGUUCCAGUGUUUCACUUCCUUUAAAUCAAAAAACGACUGUAUGAGACACAAAAUAAGAGUUUGGUCCUGUUGUGUCCAAACCGGCACGCUUUCAUUUGGUUUCAGACGGCGCUUUUGAAAGGGAUGGCGCACCCUAAUGGUCAAGUUCAUCUCUGCUGAUUUUUUGCAUUUCUCUGCACUGUAAAUGACUUUCGUGACUAGCCAAUAAAGGGAAGUACUACUAUA